UCUCCUGUUUCACCAGCCUCUCCAGUCUCUACCGAGUAUAGCUAGUGAUGGGCUUGAAGAUAGAAGGAAGCCAGGACUCACAAAGGGACCGUGGCUCAGAAUGCAAUUCAAACAGAUGGAUCUCUGAGGCCGCAGGGUGGUGCCUCUCGGGCCUGGAACUACAUUUCCCAGGAGGCCUUGCGCUGACGCCGGGGCGGACCUAUCUGAGGGGCGGAGCCUAGGGACUAGCGUGUUCCGGGCGUUCGCGGGGCCCGGAUGGCGGGGCAGGUGAAGGACCGCGAGGCCUUCCAGAGGCUUAGCUUCCUGUACCAGGCUGCCCACUGCGUCCUCGCGCAGGACCCCGAGAACCAGGCGCUGGCGAGGUUCUACUGCCACACGGAGAGGACCGUGGCCCGGCGCCUGGUCCUGCGGCGGGACCCGUCGGUGAAGAGGACCCUCUGUCGUGGCUGCUCGUCUCUCCUCAUCCCAGGCCUGACCUGCACGCAGCGCCAGAGACGCUGCAAGGGACAACGCUGGACAGUACAGACCUGCCUAACAUGCCAGCGCAGCCAACGGUUCCUCAAUGAUCCUGCACAUGUUCUCUGGGGAGAUCUGCCUGAGGCCCAGCUAGGGAGCCAAUCAGAUCCAAAACCACCGCAGCCCCUGCCAAGCACAGCCCGCCCCACCCCGACCCACCUUACUGAGGAGAAAGUGCAGCCCCAGAGUUCUCAUCACCAGUAAUAGAGUCAGCGUCUUCCCGAUAAAUAAAGUUUAAUUCUGUUUCA